AUGGUGGACUCACUUGAUCUCAAGAUGCCAGGCUACAUGGUGUACUGCGUUGUUAUAGCAUGUCUUGGCUCGUUCAGUAAUGGCUGGGUGAUUGGUUCUGCCAACAUCCCUGGCGAAGUAACACACAAUUGCGAAUACGGUGCAUCUCACAUAUCCAGCAAAUCAUUUCCUGAUUGUCUGUCUAUGAGUACAUCACUAUGGGGAUUUGCAGUGGCUUCCUUCUGUAUUGGUGGCCUGUUUGGUGGUCUGUUUGGUGGCACGGUUCAAACGAGAUUUGGUCGCAAGAACACCAUUAUCUUCAAUAACGUUGGCUGGAUUAUUGGUGGACUUCUCAUUGCUGUAGCUGUAUCGCCUGCUAUGUUUAUCAUUGGCCGCAUCUUUUGCGGUCUCUCUUGCGGUCUUGGUUCAUUAGUAACACCUACAUACGUUGGAGAAAUAUCAACUAUCAAAGCAAGAGGAGCUAUGGGCACUGGAAAUCAGUUUUUCAUCGUUAUUGGUAUCCUGCUAGCUUCUGUUAUUAGUUUGCCCUUAGCUAAAGUGCCCUUAUGGCGUAUCAACUAUGUCAUUGUUGCAUUACCAGCCAUAUUGCAAUUCUUUCUGAUGGCAGGUUGCGUCGAGUCUCCACGGUAUUUGGUCUCAUUGAAUCGCAUUGAAGAAGCCCGUGCAAGUUUACAAAGAUUGCGCCCAAAUGCUAUUAUCGAGCGUGAGUUUUAUGGCAUGGUAAAAGGUCAAUUGGGUGCUGCAACGGCCAAUGCAGUUUGUGGUGGCCACAGUGGUAAUGCAAGCUUUGGAACGGCAGAUAUUGACAAGAGCAGCUUCAAUUCUGACAUGCUAGAAGAUACCCUGAGUCAAGAUAGCAACAACGAAGGCUUGCGCGAAUCAAUGAGCAUGAUACAAAUCUUUCGCGACCCUUUGAUCCGAAGAAUUGCUAUGACAGUACUCACUCUCCACAUUAUGCAGCAGCUGAUCGGUAUGAAUGCCGUCAUGUAUUACUCAACUACUAUUUUCAAGAUGGCUUUCAAUGAAGACAUGUCAAAAUACAUGGCCAUCGUAACCACAGUGAUCAACUUUAUAUCGACAUUCAUCUCUUUAUUCUUAAUUGAUCGCAUGGGUCGUCGUGCAUUGCUUCUGAUUGCAGAAAGUGGUGCCUGCAUUUUUUCAGUCCUUUUGGUCAUUGGCUAUGUUUACAAUAUUGGCGCACUGUUGGUAGUAUCUGUAUUUGGCUAUGUUCUUUCCUUUGCCAUUGGCGUGGGACCUAUUCCUUGGAUGAUGACUUCUGAACUAACCCCUCUUUACGCCUCAUCUGCAGUGGGAGCAGUAGCCACUGCCAUAAACUGGGCCAUGAACUUCUUGAUUGCACAGCUUUUCCCCAUUAUAUUCGCAGGCAUUCAGGGCUACUCCUUUGCCAUCUUUGCUGGCAUUGCUGCUCUUUCUAUUGUAUAUACUUGGUCCAAAGUACCUGAAACCAAAGGUCGAUCUCUUGAGCAAAUUGUAGAAAACUUUAAAAGCACAUUCUAA